AUGUCUGCCAAACCCACUACAACAGAUUCCCGGGGUCAGAGCCCGGGCCAGACCUCCGGGUCUCCGUCCGUCUCGGGCGGGGGAGACGCCCCGAAUGAGGUGGAGAUGAAGAGCCUACGGCCUGAUCCCCCCAAGGGCUCAAUUCCCCUAGGGGAGGAUGUGAUGCAAUUGGCUCGCAUGGGAGAAAUUGGCGCCAUGCAGAACCUGUUUGCAGCCAAGAAGUUCACCGCGAAUCAUCGCGACGCGGAAGGAAUCACCCCUCUGCACUGGGCCGCCAUCAACAACCAGUAUGCGAUGUGUAAAUUCCUGCUCGAUUCCGGAGCCGACGUCAACGCCAAGGGUGGAGAGUCGGUCGCGACACCUGCCAUGUGGGCCGCGCAGCGCUGUCACUACUAUAUCGUCAAUCUCCUGCUCCAGAACGGCGGUGAUCCUCUCCUCACGGAUGUCCAGGGGUACAAUAUUCUUCACUUGGCGACCAUUGACGGCAAUGCAUUCUUGGUCGUGCUUCUCCUGCACCAGGAGAUUCCUGUGGACGUGGUCGACCAACAGGGACACACUGGGCUGAUGUGGGCUGCGUACAAGGGAUACCCUAUUUGCGUGGACUUGUUUUUGCGCUGGGGCGCGAAUGCGAACGCCGUGGAUGAAGGUGGUUUGACGCCGCUCCACUGGGCUCUCGUCAAGGGCUCGAUGCCUUGCGUUCUCAAGCUGCUGGAAUACGGCGCCGAUCGCUUCGCAAAGACUCGUGAUGGAAAGUCGCCUGCUACUGUCGCGCAGGAAAUGAACACCAUGCGCGUGUGGUACCGCUCGCUCAACGAGCGUGGCUAUGAGCCUGAUGGCUCGCAGAAGGUGGUGCCCAUGGGAUUGUCGAGCUUUGUGCGCAAUAAGAGCAUCAUGGCCAAGUUCUUCUUCCUGUGGCCAUGGUUGACGAUUCUCAUCGCGCUCUGGAUGCUCAGUCAUUUGGCGAUCUUUGUCUCGGUGCCUCUUGUCUUGGUGACUGUGUUUGGUAUGCAGUACGUUGCACAGCAGCUUGCGAAUAAGGGUCCUCCGGAAUACCGCAUCUUGCAGAAGACGCCCUAUCUGGCGGGUGUCUUUGCCGGGACGCUGUUCUGGGUUGGUCUCCGUUACGUCUUCAAGGUUUUGCCCGCGACUUACUCCUCGAACCCGAUUCUGAACAUCUUUUUUGCGGUGUUCUUCUGCUCUACGACGUACUUCUACACCUUCUCUAUGGUCCAGGACCCUGGCUAUGUUCCGAAAUCCAACAGCCGAAACCAACAGAGAGAGGUUGUCAAGGAGUUGUUCGAGCAGUGGAAGUUUGACGAGGAGAACUUCUGCAUUCCUUGCAUGACGAGAAAGCCACUCCGUAGUAAGCAUUGUCGUCGCUGUGGACGCUGUGUUGCAAAGCAUGAUCACCACUGUCCAUGGAUCGAUAACUGUGUCGGAGCAAACAACCUCCGACACUUUGUUCUUUACAUCGUCUCCCUCCAGGUCGGCAUUAUCCUGUUUGUGCAGCUGACCAUUGCCUACAUCACCUCUCUCCCCGCUCCCAGCGAAGCUACGUGUAAUGUGAUCAACGACACUCUGUGCGGAUACGCCUCCCGCGACACCUUCACCUUAGUCCUUAAUAUCUGGAUCACCCUCCAACUCGUUUGGGUCACGAUGCUGUGCGCCGUGCAGCUCAUCCAAAUUUCCCGCAACCAAACCACCUUCGAGAACAUGCGCGGCCACCACAUCGACCGCUCCUACCCCAGCUCCCAAGCCUUCGCCUCCGCCAUGACGGCCGGAACCACCUCCAUGGACGCCGCUGGUUUCACUGCCGCCGGCCAAGGUCCCAACCCGGCCCUCCGCGGCCCUCCUGCCCCCCGCCGUAAGCACGGCUGCAUCGCCCAGUGGUCCUCGCUCCUGGGCGUGGACGCCUUCUGGACCACCGCUAAGGACGGACUCCGGGACGGACCCCAAGCCGCUCGCCCGCGCAACCCCUUCUCCCGCGGCGUGGUCACCAACUGCCGGGACUUCUGGUGCGAUCCGGCACCUCUGUUCGGUAAGCGGAAUAACGGCUCGGCGAUGCUGGGCGGUGAAAUCGUUAAUUAUCAUGAUAUGUACGAAACCCCGAUGCGCAUGCACACCGGGCGCAGCGACGGGCCUGGCUAUCGCAGUCUUGCUGGCGAGGACCCGGAGCAAGCGGUGUAG